CACAAAAUCCACACAGGGUUUGCUCCUAUUUCUAACCUUCUCUGAAUCUACGCGGACUCGCGGCUCAAAGGCAGGAAGUUCCAUGCAACGUAUAAACGGCGGCUUCUCUGACGGGCAUUGGAAAGGAUAGAAACGAGGUCUGUCAAAGUAUGGCGGGAGGCCUGCCGGACCUGGUUUCCCCUAAUCAGCCACCUAAUUCUCUAAAUCCUACGCCUGCAGCAGUUGGCCGGCAAUUUGAUUAUUCCAGAAAGCUCGGCGCUCGGCGUGGAUUCCGAACUGUUCCAGAUCAGGCAGUGGCAAAUGCUGUCAAUCAGGCUCUAGCGCACCCUGUUACUGGACUAUCAGCACUUGUCAACCAGGCCCUUGCUGAUCCUGUUACUGGUCUGGGAGCUGUUGUCAACCAAGCCUUGGCACAUCCUGUUACUGGUCUAGCGGCUGUUGUCAAUCAGGCCAUGACUCCCAUCUCUCGAAACAUAGAAUGCCAGCAAGCCAAGAGUCAUAAUCAUCAGUCCAUCGGACGCCGCAACGGAUCCCUCCUGACUUUGUCUGAUCCAGCCGGCAACAUGCCCGCACCUGGACAAUUCCCAAGAAGUGUUGAGGAGCUUAGUCAUUUCAGCGAUGGGGCAGUGGCAGUGAGGGCAGGAAACCACACGCGGAUGUCUUACCUUCUGAAUUUCUACGAUGUCAUUGAUGAGGUGACAGUGAGAUAUAGCUUGGCGGUCUUCUCGGCUUCCUUCGCGCUGCCUGCUCAGGUGUCGUAG